AAACGGAUCGUAAAAUUACUACUACCACUACAACUGUGUUUUGUUUUCUCAUAUUAAUUUUAUUCUUUACAGUCAGUAUUUGUUAAUUAUUUAACCAAAUUAAAGCCUUUAAUUGACUCACCGUAGUUUUAUCUGUGGGGCAAAAUAAUCAAUUGAGAGAAGAUGUCAGCUGGUGGUCCAACCGAACUUGAAGUCCUUCAAAUGAAGGCAAACCAAAUUACGGAUGAUUCUCUAGAAAGCACUCGGCGAAUGGUUAGACUAGCUGAAGAAAGUGAAGCGGUUGGCAUGAAAACUAUAACAAUGUUAAAUGACCAAGGGGAGCAACUGGAUAGAAUCGAGGAGGAUAUGGAUGUCAUUCACACAGACAUGAGGGAGGCCGAAAAGAAUCUCACUGGAAUGGAAAAGUGUUGUGGAUUAUGUGUUUGUCCCUGUGCAAAAGCUGCAGACUUCCGUGAUGAUUCACGCGCUUGGCGAAGCAAUGAGGAUGGAAAAAUCAUCAAUUCACAACCUGCUCGAGUAGUUGACAACCGAAAUGGUGCAGGUCCAACUGGUGGUGCAUUCGUUUCCAGAAUUACAAAUGAUGCAAGAGAAGAUGAAAUGGAAGAAAAUAUGCAGCAAGUGAGUUCAGUGCUUGGAAAUCUAAAAAAUAUGGCACUUGAUAUGGGCAAUGAGAUUGAUUCACAGAAUGUACAGGUUGACAGAAUCAAUAUGAAA